GAACUGAAAACGGAAGGGAAAACUAAAACUCUCUUUCUUCGCCAAAAUAAUAACGUUUCUGGCGAAGAUGUGGCGAGGACUAAGGGUAUACAGCGGGGUUUGUCCAGACCCGGAAUGUCAUACAAAACUUUAUUUUCCAUCUUAUGCCUCUUCGAGCGUUGAAUGCACAGGCUGUGGUCAACACCAUGCCAAAGACUAUCUUCUUAACGUGGAAGACAUCGAAGACCCUGAUGUGGCUUUGCGAAGUCUCCUUCGUUCUGUGUUGCUCGGUCACAUGUCGUCUAAGACCACGCCAGACCUAGUUAAGGUCAAAGGAUUUUCAAACUAUCACUGUAAAUUAUUGUCACCGCUUUUAACACAUUAUGGCAUGGAUAAACGAACGGGAGAGGGAAAGCUUUUGAGCGAAAUGGGGCAAGGAGAGGUCUUCGAUUGUGCAUUACUGGGCGAUCGUGCCUUUCAAAUCGAGACAGAACAUAUAGAUACUGCUGGUUAUGGUAGAGACAAAACGGGCUCGCUGAUGUAUCUGAAAAAUACACUUGACGCGAUAAAACUUGUUAACGACAACGAGGAAAGACUUAUUCCUGUACAUGUUGACGGUGAUGGCCAUUGUCUCGUUCACGCUAUUUCGCGCGCUCUGGUGGGGCGAGAAAUCUUUUGGCAUGCUCUGAGAGCAAACCUUAAAAACCACCUGAAAACUGAAUUGCACAAGUACAAAGGGUUGUUUAGAGAUUUCAUUCAUGAUGAGGAAUGGAAAGACAUCAUAUCUGAGGCAGACCCAUAUUUUGAACCUCCAGACGGAGAGGGACUUGGUUUGAGAAACAUCCACCUUUUUGGUCUUGCUAAUGUACUGCACAGACCCAUAAUUCUCUUGGACAAUGUAUCGGGUAUGCAGUCUAGUGGCGACUACACUGGAAUAUUUCUUCCUGCGCUGAUUCCGGAACACAAGUGUAAGAAAGACAACAUUCUCAAUAAACCACUUGCAGUUGCAUGGAGUAGUUCAGGGAGGAACCAUUUUAUCCCUCUUGUAGGUGUGAAGGGCAAACCGCUGCCUAAGCUCCCACAGUGGUUGAUUCCCAAAGCGUGGGGCAUACCAAAUGAAGUUGUUAAGCAGUAUGUUGAAUUUGACUCCCAGGGUAAUUGUUUUAUUGGUGGAGAGCGCUGUCUUCAGGAAAAAUACCUCCAAAGGUUGGUCAAAGCUAUGGAUGACCUGUUUUUGAAGGUCAACAGCAUCUCAGCAGAGCUCGUUACCGAGGUUCACCAGUUUGUUUACAAGCCGUCGGGAAUGGUUGGCGUUAAACCUGAAACAGUUACCAAAUCCACAAAAGUCGCUGUUGCUGAAGGACGGCUCUACAGAUGUCUUUCCUGUAAUGCAUUGUCUGAGGUGCAUGUUGACUUUUCAUCAGAAAUGCUUAAACAAGGUGGAGAGCUGUAUGAAAUUGCAGUUCAAACUCAUGGGCAACUUAGAGAAGGAUUAAGUUACACGUUUCCAGCUCAUGACCUGACUUGUGUUUUUGAUGCUGAAAGAAAUUCAUUGGUGGCUGUGAAACACAAGGUAUUAAAAAUUGAUCCUUAAAACUUGCUCAAUAUGUAAAUUUUUUUUCUUCUUUCGUCUCAGAUUCAUUUCCCUAAUGCUAAGAUAGAGGGGAGUAAUAAUCAAACUAGUGAGAAGUCAUUCCAAAAUGACUGUCUCUCAGCAUUACAGCUGUUUUGGAUAACACACGACCUGCGUUGUCAAAAAGGUUUCAGGAUUUUGGGUUUUCCUUCGACGUCACUAAACGGUUACUGUAUCGUCCAAUCCUUGCUUGUCAAAAAAAGGCGGCAACAGUUAGCAGAAGCUGCAAAAUUAAAUGUUGAAGGGAACAUAACGAUUCCUUUUCACCCUCCCAUAUCUGUGCCCAUAUCCGUGUUUCUUCUGGAUUUGGAAGCUAUAUAGGCACAAUCUCACCUUGUGAGUCAAAAAGGCAAAAAAAUUGAAAGCUAAAAUGUGAAAAGUUUACAUCACACAACCGAAUAUCAAAGCACAAAUCCUCCCAAUCCACAAGGCAGAGAGUGGGGAAACGUAUUGCGCAUUUCGAAAACAUGCGAACUCUGAAGUUCAGAAGUAAUGAACACACACAAAAUGGAUCGGAAUCCGCCAAUCAAAAAUUACAAACCAUGACCUUUUGAACCUAUUGAAGUAAACUUCUGUGUUCUAAGGAGUCUGCUAGAAAGUGUGGAGCCUUUAGAUUUUGAUUUAUGUUGCAGAAAAUACCAAAAUCUAAAGACCUUUUUGACAUCACAGGUCACGUGUUAUCCGAAAUAGCUGUAGUAACCACCUACUAUACAGGUACCUCUGUUUAAAAGGUACUAUUAUUAAGAUUAAUCUUAUGGUUAUGAUUGCAAUUAUUAUUAUUAUUAUUAUUAUUAUUAUUAUUAUUAUCAAAUUUAAAGGACGAUAUGAUUGUAGCUAAAUUUAGGGUUAGGAUUAGAGCUCAUUGCCUAUACAUUAGAGCAGCAAUACUCUACACGUACAGUAUGUACCAACUGAGUUGUGAAGACCCAUACAUUUGGAGCAGGCUAAUUUGUGGAGUUUAUCUUAACUCAUAAAAAGAAUAAAACAUAUGGAAUAAUGACGAUUAUGUGAACUGCAAAAAUAUAAAUCUAUUUAUCGUGAGCACUGCAGCACUAAUGCAAAAGCCAUUGGUUUGGGUUACAAUGUAAUUUGCAGUUGCUUUAAUUGCUAUUACAACUGCAAUGAUCCUUCCUGAAUUAGUUUUCAUUUGCCUAAAGAAGCAUUAAAUGCUUUGCCCAAAAUACAAUUUACAAUCAGAAUGAACUUUUGAAACACCCUGUAAUUGCCAGUCAAAAUAAUGAUUAUAAACUCUGAGUCAUUAUUCGAGCACUGGACUUGCCCAUGGAAAGCCAAAUUUUAAGAAUCAGUUGAGUUGGGAAAUAACGCACAGUAUGAAUCAUUGCCAAAGGUUGAAGGUCAAAAAAACUCAAUUUUUCAAAUAUAUGUAACCUUUCUCCACCUAUUUUCCAAAUAUACAUAUCAAUAAUUUGCUCUGCAAUGAUAUUGAUUCAUAGUUAUUUUGGUAAAUGCAGGCGAUUUUUCCUGCCUGUUGCAUUCAUGUUUCCCACCUCUUCUUUACAUGACUGUUCUUUUGGAUACUGUGUUAAACCAAAAUUAAUAAUCAUGAUAAAGCAAUGUUAUACACCUGGCCCAGGUUGUUCAAACGUUGGAUAGCGCUAUCCAGCGGAUAAGUAUUAGGGAAACCUAUUGCGCUAUCCUCUGGAUAGAGAUUUAUCCACUGGAUAGCACUAUCCACCUUCUGAACAACUGGGGCCUGUAGGAUGAGUAGAAGUACGUUUUAUCCUCAAAAAGAGGUUUUUAGUAAAAGUUCAAAGAUCAAAUGAAACACUAGGUAAGAUUGAACUGCAUUUCUCAAUGUACCUGAAAGGUACAUUUGAUUUCGGGUUGAGGUAAACGCUUUUCAAACUGGCAAAACUAGUGUCCAGGUCAGCUGGAUCCCAUACAUGUAGAUGACGGUAUUCCUUCAGUUACCUACAUUCAUUUUGUUGCUUGUAGAAUAUGACUUUACUUGAAUGUCGACAUUGCCAUGGUCCUCUUCGCCGUGUCAACUCAGAUGGCAGUGUAGUCUAUGCAAAUGGUGACAGAACAGCAACACCUGUUGAGGGUAGAAGCCGAUGUGGCUGUGGCUUUAAACAUUAUUGGAAUGGACAAGAAUAUGACAACAUGCCAGAGAGGUAUUAGAAUGAAUAAUUAAAUUUUAAAAAAUGACCAUUGAAUAAUUGUAUUCUUUACAUGCACAUUAUUUAUGAUUGAUACAGCGAUAAAGCCAAUACACAUAAAUAAAAAUGAUUCAAGUAAAUUUUGUUUCAGGCUACUGUUCCUAAUAAUAAUGGCAACCUAUUGUGACCAUCAAUUUUUCUCUUAAUUAAUUUUUUGUGAUUGAUAAUAGGUUUGGUUCAUAUUGUUAUCCUUCAAAUAUGUUUGUCACAUUUCAAAAGAGUGUGAUAUGCAAUGACAGGGUGUUCAUUAGGCAUCAGAGAUCAGAGAAUUCUUCAUUAACUAUGAAAAAUUCUCCUCCUAAUGUUCAGUAGCCUGUGACUAUUUUUUAUUCAGAUGAGAAGCCUCUUUCAAAAUAAUUAUUCUCCUGUAACAUUACACCUUUCUCAUGCUACUAGAAUUCUUAAAGAAAACCCUGCAAUAAUGUCGACCUUAAAUUGCAGUGGAUAUACUGCAAUUUAAGGAAUUUGUGGAUAUACACUGUACAUCCACAACGUGGUUAUACUGUGGGACCUCAAUAUAUCAAAGGGCCAAGGGAAUGCCAAAAUAUGUUCGCUAUAACAAGGUUUCCUUACACUGUAUGGAGGUUCUCUUUCAUAUAUUUAACUAUUACUGGGGUGAAGAAUACAGUAAAAACCUACGCCUAAGAAUGUGGUUUUUAAGAACCUGUUAAGCCUAAAAUUUGAAACAGGUUCUUAUUUUCUAAAACAGAUGCUAAACAAAUUCUGUACACUUGGGUAAAUAAGAUAAGCCAACAAUUAGGAUCCUCUUUGGUGUGCCUGGCUACUAUAACUGCAGUUGUAAUGGUAUACAGGUCUUUUCUAUAAGGAAUGGGCUGAAUGCCACUAAAUGCUCUUAGCUACAAUGUAUUACUUCUUCAGAAAAUAAGAACCGAUUUAAGAACCUAAAGAGCCUAGAUUUGUUCUAAUUACCAUUAAUUUAUAUAAGAACCUGUGCAGGCUAACUUGGGAAAAUGCAAGUCCUUAGUUGCAGGUUUUUACUGUAUCAUUUGUUUUGGGGAGUAGUUUGUCAAAGGUUUGUUAUAUCAAGGUUUCCCUGUAGAUAUUUUCUGGAACCACGCAAGUAACCCAAAAUGUUACACACAAGGGGUGGAGGAAUGUAAAUCCAAAAUCAUUUGCAGUGAAAUACAUGUUUCCUUCUUUUUAAUCUUGUUAGUUUUCCUAUUAACUUGGAGUGGGGUGGCCAGACUGUCUCAGAUGUUGUGUACUGGUUCCAGUAUGAACAGGAUACUUCGCUUAAUUCCAACGUUUAUGAUGUUGCUGCCAAACUUGUUCAGAAGCACUUUCCUGGAGAAUUUGGAAGUGAGCGACUGGUUCAGAAGGUGGUGGACAUUAUUUUAAGACAGACAGCGAAAAAAGAAGGUGAAAACAAAGGUGAGAAUAUUGAAUUUGGGUAAAUUUUGUGACACAACUCCUUGAAAUGCAGGGAUAAGUUUAACAAUACGGUUUCAUUGUAACAAAAAUAAAUAAUCUUUAGAUUACUUGUGUGAUGCCAUGCACCAGAGAUUUAUUCACAGCUGGCAAGUAUAAGGCACACCUGACAGAUAAGAUAAAUAAUAAUUUUAUAUAUAUUGUAAAUGAAUAAAACUGUGAAAGGUUUGAACCCAGGAGUUAAUUCAUACAUGUUCUUACGGCGCAGGUUGAGUAUGAUUGUCCAGGUGAAUGUUUUCCUGAAUAGGACUGUUGUUGACAGUGACUGAUGUUUUGACAUCCUGUACGGUAGCCAUCUUCAGAGUCAAAGGGAGUUUUAUAGCGUCAGUUGAUGGUAUUAAACUCUGGGUGUUGAUCUUAUUGGUCAAUUAAGUCGCGAUUAUUAGUUUUCGUCUGUGAGUAAAGCCAUGAUGAUGUUAUUGGCUAUGAAGACUCGUAAUGUCAUUGGUGCAUUUUGAUCCGUUAAUAUUUUGUCACAGUUAAACAGUCAUUUAUUGUUAGUCAAAUUGUCGGUUGUCCAGUCAUUCUCUCAUAGGUACAUUGUAGUUUUGCUUGAGUCCAUCAAUAAGUCGUUUUUGUGGUGCCAGUAACUCUGUUGACUAUGAUUCAGUGUGAGAUCAAUAACCAGAGUUUAAUCAUCAACUGAUGUGAUAAAACUCACUUUGACUUUGAAGAUCAUGACUACCACACAUGUUGUUGAAAUGCCAGUCACUGUCAACAACAGUCCUAUUCAUGACUACGUUCACCUAGACAAUCAUAACCAACCUACAUGUCCUUGUAAAUAAAUAGAUAAAUAAGCGAUGUUUCAGCGACCUCGCGACUCCUUUAUCAAGGGUUGAGUAAAUGACAGCAAGUUAAAAUUAAGAAAAUUUAGGUAGCUAAGCUAUACAAAGACUUCAUCACAGAUUGUACCUGUUUGCAUGUUCAAGUCAGAUCUUCCUGAAAAAAAUUAAACUUGAGAAUGUUACUCAAAUGUUUCAAACAUCAUUUACAAGAGUAAAAAACAUUAAAUAUCAAUUUUACUUGUUUAUAUAUCUCAAAGUCAUUUAAUAGAUAUAGAUAGAUGUUAUUGUAGAUAAAUAAUUAUAUUAAAUUUGUACUGUCUUGUCUAUUUAUAUUAUCUUACUCAGGGGCACGCCCUGACAAUGUUCCUCAAAACACACAUGCAGCAAAUGCUGAUGAAGACCCAAAUGCUGUCAGCCCCUUCACACCAAGCAAGAUCAUUCUAACAGGAGAAAAGAAAAAAACCUUGCACAGAGAAGAGCUUACCAUGAGUGAAACUGAAAGAGUGCUUAAGACAAGGACAGAGCACCAUGCUGCCAUCAUGCAGAAGAGAAGAAGUGGAGAAGGAGCCAAGAAGUUGGUGAACAAAGAGGCCAAAGUACCAAAACAACAGGUACAUAUAUGACGUGUUUGAAAACAAGGAGCAAAUAAAGUCAGUUUUACAGCUUGCCAUUUGGGCAAGCUGUUACUAACUUUUAUUAGCCCACAAGUCAUUUGGACUAGCCCCCAAAACUUUUUUAUGAGCAGAAUUGAUUUCAGAGCUCUUUCUCAAAAACUUCAUUUGCCCUUUGGGCAAGUUGAGAAUAAAAUUCACUCACCAGAUAGCAAAAUCCACUAGCCAAGGGCUAUCGGACACUACUUUCUUUGCGUGCUGAGUUAAAACACUUACAGUAAAAUUUUUGUUGAGGUAAGAUUAAUGUUUACUUCAGUUCAACCCUUUGAUCACUGAGAUCAAAAUUUGAAUUCUCAUUUGUUGCCCUAUUCAUUUCCUACAGAAGUAGUGUGGAGAGGUUGAUAAAAUAUCACGCAAAUUCUUCUUGUGUGAUCAUAUCCGUAAUUCUCAUGAUGACUCUGUUUUAUAAAGCGUUGAUAUUACAAGGAGAAAUUUGAUGCUGAUCUCUCUUAGGGGUGAAGGGUUAAAGAGGCUCAUACAGUGCCUCUUCUGGUUAUUUAUGAAGGUAUUGUGUAGCAAAGUUUUUUAUCUGUCCAAAUUUGGGUUACAUGACAAAUGGGUCUGUACUGCCUAGUAUGGUUGGUUUUUUCUUCAUAUCGAGUCGAGUGGACACAGUUGCCUUGGGAAGAAAACCAAAACUGUAAGUUACUGUUAGCAACAAAAUCCAGUCAAAUGCUCAACCUGUAAACAAGAUUUUGUCUGAUUGUGAGCAGAAAAUGGCUCUAUUUCUUGUAAUUUCAAAUGGCUUUUCUUUGGUAAAAUAUCCAAAGGAAAAGGCAUCAAAUAGAAUACUUACAAAAGUACUUGUACGUAAGGUGUAUGAUCAACUCUGGGUUUAGACCUUGGUACAUGUGCAUGUAAGUUGUAAGUGUUUUUUUUUCCAACUUUUGCCCCUUUUUCUUUCUUGGCAUUUUACCCCUUUAUUUCCUGAGCUUUGUGAGGCUCUGUAAGACACAUUUCUAGUUUUAGUAGCAUGAGUGCAGAUGUGGCCUUUUCCCACAUACUUCAUAAAUAAUAUUCUCUGAAUGCAAACUGGAUGUGAGAUGGUGAAAGGUAAAUCAGUGUGCUCUUUUCUAUGGAAUCUUUUAUUGCCACGCCAGUUUUCACCAUGAUAGAGCCCAAAAUUAAUGUGACAGUUUAACUUCAUCAUUCAAGGGUGGAAACAUAAACUGGUAGGAAAUGGAUGCUUAUGUCCCUAAUUGUUGUAUUUGUUUUUCUUUCUCUGUAAAAAAGGGGGGAAACAAACCACAACCCUCCAGCCUUCAAGCAAGUCCUGUGAAACAAGAGAACAACCAAGUCUCACCUGGACAGCCAACUACAAAACGAACAGACAAAAAAGUGCGCUUGUCAACAUCGGAUGGGAAACAAUGCAUGAUAACGCUUGCUGUAGAUGCCACAUUUAAACAACUUCAAGACCUGAUUGAAAAAGAACUUGGGAUCCCUUCAAAGGAGUUAAGGAUCAGGUAAAUGAAAGCUUUGUUGAUUUAAUGUUGACAAAAUAAGUGAUAGCUUUAUCUAAUUUAUUAGACUUACCAAGCUGAAAUUGUUGUAAGCUUAAAUGGAUAAACUGAAGAAAAUUUUCAUAUACAUCAGUUACAGUGUAAUAAUUUAUUACAUUGGUGUAACACAAGCAUAACUUUCCUUUGUAUAAAUUAAAUAGCUGGAGUUUCACACAAACUACAUCUAGUAUUUACAUGUAUAUCAGACUUUGAAGGCUUACAGUGAACCUCUCUUUUUUGUCUUUCUUUUACUUAAGAUUUGAGCCAAUAAUAAAAUUUUCACCACAACAUCUAUCUGUGCAUUAUCUUCAAACAUCAGGUAUGGAUUUCCACCCCAUGAGCUACAGCCUCCUGAAGAGGGACAUGAGAAUGACCCUGUGCCUUUGCAACAUGGUGACAGGGUGAUGGUAGAACACCUAAAGCCUACUGUUCUUGAAGAGCAACCCCCUGAUGUGGUUAUGUCGGAACUGAAAGCUCCAGGCAGUGAAGGUGGUGCUUCUACUAGUGCCAGUGAAAGUAACCAGCAAGGACAAGGUAUAUUGUGUAUAAACUGGAUACAGUGCAUGUGCAGUUGAACUUCCCUUUAACUUCAGCUUCCCUUCUAAAGCAGGGGUUUCAUUAAGGUUUUGAACAGGAGGGCGACUGGGUUUGACCCCUGGGCAAAGAGUUGGCCCCCCUGGAGGGGGGGGGGGUGGUACGUCAUGGUCCCCUGGAAAAUUUUGAAAUUCUAUAGUUGCAGAGAUGUGUUUUCCCGCAUUCUCAAGCUGCAGAUGUCUUUCAACUACCAAAAAACACAACUUUUCUAGACAAUUUAAUCACGAGUUGAUUCCAAUAUCCACCACGCAAAUUGGUUCUCUUUUAAUAGUUCAUAAUUAUUGAGACUUUUCAGAUGGUCUUUCAUGGAGCACAAAUCUUUUCGCAAUGGAUUAUGGGGCGAUUCUUGUUUUAAAACAUAACAAAUGAGGGGAUUUCAUGCCGUGUGUUAAUGAGGAAAUUUGAUGGUAAAGUAUGUUUUACGUUUGAGAAGACUCAUUAAGAAAAAGGACACAAAAACUGUUUUUGAUUGUUCCUUGUAUUAAAAUAAGUUCUAUGUGAUGAUAAGCAGCCGGGGAAAGUUGCAUUCACAGCCGGUCAAUUUACCCAGUGCCCAGCCCUUAAUGAAACCCCUGCUAAAAGCAUCUGCUUAUUUAAGGGAAGUUGAAAAUGAAGUGUUUGUGUGUAGCUGUGGCCACCAUGACUAAGUGUGUACCAAUGGAACAUGCCUAUGUACAGGACGUGUUCAUUACCCCUUUAGGUCCCAAGAGUGACCAACAUCAAUUUUCUCCUAACAACAUCGGAGAUUAUCAAGAGUAACGGUUAUGAGAAUUACUAAUUAGGUUACCAAAGGGAGAAUGCUUUGAUCUUAAACCAAAUUCUCUCAACUAUUCUUAAAAGAAAUGUAUGGAGAUCAGUCUGGAGAAUUUGUAUGUGGAUCGUGGGGCUUUAAGGGUUAAAAGAGUUUGAACUGUGUAUGGAGUACAUGCAUCCCAUUGUCUGACACUUAGUCAUUGUCCCAAGUGACAUACAAAGAUGAAGUCAACAUCUCUCCUAACUAGGUGAACAUUUUUUCUUGUCCAAAGGUUGUCACUUUAUUAAGGUUAUUGUAAGACAUAGAAAAUCAGAGAGUUUCAAUGUGUCAGCCAAAAGAGUGAUUGAGGCUACUUAUAAGAAGACAUUGAAAAGUUCCAGCAGGUUGUGAAGCAAGAUUUUCAUGGGAAUUUUUUGGGUCUCAAAGUUACAUGCACAUGUUUGUUUUCCUCUGGCGUCCUUAACCAAAUGGUGCUCAUUUUGGUAUGUUUGCAAGAUCUGUUCACCCUGCACAUUUUAGAUGACAAAGAUGUCCUUGCCCCUUAAACUGAUGACGUAACAAGUGGUAGAAGGGACGUGGAUCCACAUCGGUGGUUAUGGGCGGUUUAAGGGCAGAUGUGGGUAUAGAAGGGCAUAAGAAGGGUCGCACAAAACAGUCUGCCCUUUCUGCUCUCAACAUAGACAGUGUUACUGAAGAGAGUUAAUUUAUAAAGGGUUAAACACCACAGGCCACCCAUUUUAAGUCCAGCACUUUAACCAUUUCAGAUUAUUAUUUGCUUGGCCCCUUUGUUCCUGCUGUUAUAAACAUAUCAUUAAUUUUUUUGUAAUUUUAUCUCUUUUACUGUAAUAUUUCUGCAGGUCAAAAUAAUGCAGCAAUGGCAUCAGUUCUUCUCAGUGCCCUUGGGGCUUUGACUGGACAAGACAUGUGGGAAGCUGCACAAAGUUGUCAUGAAAUGUUUGAUAGGGGAGGAUACUUUUACAACAAAGUCUGGCAUGAUCUUGGUCCACUCAAACCUAACCAGCAUUGUACUCUGCCAUUCUUUCCUAACAAGGUCUGUAAAAAGUGAUGACUUUUUUCUUCAAGCUACAGUAAAAGGGGUGGAGGCGUGUGUGUGGUUUUAAAAACACCUCAAACUCAGGAUCUGGAGGUCCGAGGUUCAAGUCUCACCCGUUGCAUUGUUUCCUUAGACAAGGAACUUUACUCUACUUUGUCUCUCUUCACCCAGGUGUAUUAAUGGGUACCGGCGACAUGCUGCUGGGGGUAACCCUGCAGUGGACUGGCAUCCCGUCCAGAGGGGAGUAGCAAUACUCUUAGGUGCUUCAUGCUAAUGAAACCGGGUUAAACUCCAGCCGUUCGGGGUUUUGGCUCAUGUAUGCCUUUAUCUUUUUACCUUGACAGUAAAAGGGGCAACAAAUAUGUGCAACUUGUUUUGCAACUUCGACUGGAAAACGAGUCGAAAAGGAAUGUUGUGUUUUUAACCACCCAUGUUCAAACCUGUUUGACUGAAUAAUCCAUUUGGGUAUAUGAAAUAAUAGAUGUUGUCUAUUGGUCAUGUUUACAAGUUUAUGACAUAAUAGUACAUGUUGAUGGUACUAGAGAUAUGAUUUCAAUGUUAGUGACAGGCUGUUAAGAUGUGAAAUUGUUAACACUAGGCUUUAGAGAGACCUUGUGAUACAUGUCAUACAAUGGGUCGUUACAUGACUGUAGGGACCCUUGUCUUCUGUUUGCCUUUCAUUUGCCGAACAGAAUGGAGAAGGUGUUUUAACUUGUGUGUCUACCAUCCAAAAAUUAAUAUUUGAAUUCUUUCUCUGCUUUAGAGGUAGGAUGUUUAGGGUAAACUGCUGCUUACAUGUAUAAGCCCUCCACACCUGGUUAUAAGUCCCCUCUAGCUUUUCUUUCCUUGAAUUAGACUUAUUAUAACGUUUUGGACCUUAAUUAAAAACCAGUAAAUUUGCUGCUAUAGCUUGUUUCCAAGUGCAUUUUCAGGUAUUUUUUAUUUCGGUUAUUAUAGCUCCCUUGGAUAUAUUCCCCUCCAUUCAUAAGCCGUCCUGAACAUAAGCCCAGGGCUUAUAAACAGCGGUUUACGAUAGUUAUAAAUUUUGUCACUUGGUAUGCUGCACAAUAAGGCAGGAAGUAAAUGGCUUAAUCUGACUAAGGCUUUUUCAUGGUUUUCUUCUUCAGGUGUUUGCAUACAAUGCCGAAAAAGAUCGCUUAGACCUGUGUCUUGGUCAGAGACACAUCCAAGUUCAACCACUGGACAAAGAAACAUUACAGCUGGCUCACUCUCGGUCAACUCAAGUGCCCACAGAUGAAAGGUCUAGUGGUCUAUCAAGUGAAGCUAGCUUCAGUGGCGCUAUUGGUCACAGGGGAACAUCACAUUCUCGCAUUGCUUUUUCAGGCGAGGGACGAACUCUUUCUAAUGUCCAGCCUCCUGGUAUUGGUUCUGCUGAGGUACAUGUACCUUAUUGUAACAUAUGAUUUCUUGGUUGGUGAUUUUAAAAUUGCUAUACACUGUAAACGAAUAGUCAGAAUGACUAGGGGGAGAUAACUUCUUGUUUUCGGGGCUGUCAUCAACGGGCCAGGGCCCACAGAUAAACAAUAACACUGAUAAAGAAAACUGCUGAUAUUCAUAUUGAUAAAAGUGUUUGAUAUUUAUUUCUCAAACUCAUUAAUAAUUCAUUAAGAAAAUACAAAGGAAAUUAAUGUUUAAUGAGUGUUUGGAAAUCGGAUGAAACACUGCUUAGUAUUUGCAUCCUUAAUUUCUCCUUCAAAAAUGAUUUUGUUUGAGAAGAAAUAUCAAACAUUCGACACAGUGUUUCAUCACCAGAUGAAACACCUCGAAGUUCGUCAAAAAUACUCCACUGCGCAUCGUAUUUUCAACUCUCUUGUCGGUGUUUCAUCUGGUGAUGAAACACUGCAUCUCAUGUUUGAUAUAUUACUUCUCAAUCUUACAAGCUCAAUUUUUGCACCCCCUUGCCACCACCACUCACUUCCCACCACCCCCCUCGCCAUUGAACGCACUCUCCUUAUUUGCAAUUAUUACUAGUUUACAAUCUAUUAAGGUGAGGAAACCAAACGUUUUUUCUCUUUUCCCUUAAGUUUGUAGGGAAAUCAACCACUUUAUUUAAAAAUGUAAUGUAAUGUAAUGCGCAGCUGAUCAUUCUCAUGUUAAGCUGCGCACAAUAAGGUCAUAAAUUAUUAUUAUUAUUAAAAAGAAGUCCUAUGCAACACCCUGUAUUUCUCAACCAUGGGUAUUAGGAAUGAUUAGAUAAAAAUAUUUGGAUACCUUGGGCACUAUUACUGUAAUCAGCCUUACAUUUUGUAAAUGGGCUGGCAAGCCAUACAGGGGUUUGUAGUGAAUCAAUGUUCCUUGUUGCUCUAUGCCCCUUUCAGUGUUGUUCAGCUAUCGUGUAGGUAUCCGGUCAUUUCCUUCCAUGGUCGGAUCGUUCCACUCAUUAGUCAUAUUGUCCCCCCCCCCCCAAAAAAAAAGUUCGUUCGUUCCACAGAAAGGUCAGAUCGUUCCACAUACAAAACGUAACGUAAAGUUUUCUAAAUGUGUCGAUGUGAUCUGAGUACAGAGUAGCGAUCGGAACAUAGAUGAAAGUAUUUCGAACUGUGAGACUGAGUUUUUUGUGGAACGAUCUGACCAUGGAACGAACUUACCGUAAAUCAUUGUGUAUGUGUAAUUUAUCAGGCAGUGACAGAUUCAGUGCGAUGACUUUUCUGGGAAUCUAUAGGACUUGGGUGAAAUCUUUUAGUGAUAAUAAAAAAGAAAACCUUAGAUUUCGUCGAGAAUACAGUAAGCACCCCCCCCCUAUAACCUCCACCCUCCCAGUUAUAUAUUGUAGCCCCACCUACCUGUUAUCAACAGCCACAAAAAGCCCCCGGAUUAAAUUGAAUUUGAUUUAUUAUGACGUUUUCAAGGUUAAUUUAACACCAGUAAAGGCAAGACUCAUUUUGAUCAGCACUGCUAAAGCUUGUUCCGAAGCACUUGUUCUAUUCCCGUAAGAAGCCCCCUCGGAUAUAAGUUCCUCCGUUUAUAAGCCCGCCUAAGACCCCUUACGGAGAUGUACAUGUAUAAGCCCAGGGUUUGUAAGGGGCCGUUCACGGUAAGGGAGAUUUUCAGGCCCUAAGAUGCUUUUCGUUACCUGUGGAACAAGGUACGGGUUCAGUAAUCAUGACUUAGUAGAAUCUUUACAAACUUACACUUUAUCUAUUUAAUUGUUAGUCUCUCUCGUCUGGAAUCCAGUUGGCUGGUCCCAGGACCUCUGAAAUAGAAAAUGGCAAUUCUGUGUCCUUUAGCAGUGAAGAAGGACUUGCAAAAGAUCAAGGUCAAACAAGUUCUUCAGAAUCAGUGGUCGCUAAAGAAGGCAGCAUACAGGUAGAGGAGAAUAUCCAACAAAUGCUUGUUGAAAGCCAAGAAGUAGUUGCUUCUGUGCCUAAAGUUCAGGGUGGUGAACCUGUGCCUGAAGUGGUGACUGAAAGUGGUAUUCCUGUGACACGGUCAGUUGCGCAAGUGGAUGAGAGUCAGUCAGAAGUGAAACAGACUGUACAAUCUGAAGGCGGUCAAAGUAUUGCAACCGAAGCAGCUACUGAGAUGGCAGCAGAAAAUGAGAAUAUGGAUGUAAAGAUAGAGGAGAACGUCCAAGAACCUUUUCUUAGCAGUCCUGUGCCUAUGGUGGAAGAGCCGACCACAGACACACCAGCAGAAAUGACAUCAAAGCCUGUGGAAUAUGAAGGCGCUGACACAGGACUGGCGAUUGAGAGUUCAAUGGGAAAUGAAAACAUGGAAACACGUCAGGAUAAGGCAAAAUGUGAUGUGACGGAUGAUAAUUCAACAAAAGUCACAGAACAAGGAGAAAAAGGAGAGGACCAUUCAAAUGAUUCCAAAGAAUGUAUUUCCAUGAUGGAAACUGAUCAGAUUGGUACAAAGGAAGGUUACAUAGCUCAGGAAGUCACACCGGGCACGCUUGGUAGCCACGCCCCCGGAGCUAGUGCAAACGAUUAUAACAACAAGGACCCUAUCGUAGACCUUGCAUCUGUUUCCAUGGAAACUGAUCAUGUGACUGAUAAAGAAGACACCUUGUCUCUGCAAGUCGCACAAGGUACGUUUGGUGUCCAGGCUUCUGGUGCCAUUGACAAUAAAAGUGUUGGAAAAGACACUGUGGUUGAUUUAAAUCAACUUGAUACGGUUGGAGAUUCGACAGGCCUUCAGUUGAGUGAGAGAGCAAUGACAUAUCCAUCUGUUGCCAUGGAUAUGGAAAUUGACAAUCAAGGAGAAACUAGCGAGCCUAUUCCCGCAUCUACCUCUAGUGUGCAGCCGCAAGACAAUUAUCCCUUAUCAGACAUUUCACUUAAUACUGAGUCACUUAAUAGCGCAGAUACUGCAAAUUUGAAAAGGGACGUGAUACCAACAGCACCGACCGAAAAAAGUGUAGAUCAUGAUAGCGAGCCCGCAGUGCAGUGAAAUAGCAUAAUUGUAGCGGAAUAUGAAUGUGGUUGUAAGCCAUCAGUUGACUGGGCGGUCUUCAUGUUCAUACAGCGCGAUGUAACAAGGAGCUGCUAGAGGUUUACUCGAUCCCGUACUACGGAUGGAAAGCAGGACGUUAAGAUUUUCAUCUUUCUUUUAAAAUGCUAAGAUUUGACAUUUUUUUAGUGUUAGUAGGGUUAUUUCAGUAUUCUUACUUAGUCAAGGAUCAAGUGGCCCUCUCUACAAAGGCUCUCACUUUUAGUCAGCGGUGUCAAUUCCAUGCUGAUACAAUGUAUGGAGUUGAAAAAAAAUCUAUUAAAAUAGAACCUCAAGCACAAAGUUUGAAGUAAAAUAGCGUCGGUUGCAUCUAUGCUUGGACACGAGACAAAAAACAGGUUCUAAUAGGGUGCCAGACAUGGUCAACUUGUUUUGCCGCCAAACAUUUGAAAUUCGACAGCCGUUAAAACAAACUGUCGCACCAAAGGUUAAGUUGUUUACAUGUUUUUGAUGAACGCGUUCCACUCAUCUUUUAUUUUUUGCAAUUUUCAGUAAUAUUUCUUGCACAAAAACAGCGCAUUUGCUUUUAAGAAUCUUUCUUUGGAGUUUUACAACUCCAGAAAUUCUUCUUAACGUUUUGCGAUGAAUAUUUUGUUGAUCGAAAUCAAAUCAAGUCUACAAACAGGUGUCUACGUUGCACGUGAGCAUUCGCCUAACGCCAACCCAAAAUUCAGCAGUUCGGCGGCAAUUACAACGUGUUUUUUCGUCACGUGUACACGCCCAGAUGCAACCGACGGUUAAUGGUUUGCCAGCAUCGUACGAAGUUUUUCGUCAGGUUAUACUUGAUAUGAUUUGCUAUAAUAAGAGGCCUUUUGGAAAGUUCCAAAACUCUUCACGUUCAAAGUGAGGCCAAGUUCAAAACUUGUCACAUGAAAAAGAAGAAUAGAAAACUAUUUGAGCACCUACCCUCGGUUUGA